CACUCCUCCAACCAUGACCCUCCGCAGGCUGCCUUUCACUGCCUUUGUCCGACCAUACCAAACCAUCGUUACCACACCGGCUUCAGACACCGACUCUGCUUCACCUUUGCUCGUCCUACAAGCACGCGAUCAGUCACUCGUCUCUCACAUCCCGUUGCCACUGUUCAUAAUCCAUCUUCUUGUUGGACCUGCUGCGUGCUUGAACUCUUGAAUCAUUGCUGCUAUCUUAUCACGAUCCACUCGCGUCGACUGAUAAGUCGCAUGGUCACUGCCUGCGGGCAGGAUGUUCUCCGAAUAUGCCUCUAGAUUUCUCGCGCAGUCCCAGUCUCGCAUUAGUUUCGCACCGACCGAAGAGCGCCGUCCUGGAGACGGUCAGACUCGAAGACAGAACCAAACAUGGCGGUCAUCCACCGCUUCAAGGACCUUGAAUACUCGAAACCCAAAUCCUUAUCAACCCACAUCCUCACAAAUAUCCGGCUUUCCAUUUGCCUCACGGCUUAAUCCUCAGCAAGCCCCUCUAUUUUACAGUGCGACAGACGAAUUCCGGGAAGAGAAUGAUGAACAAGAACACGAACGAGACUUGGCUGACUUCUACGCUUUGCAAAGAUCAAGGCGACAGCUAGGAGCCAGCGCUGAUCUCAAGGCGUCGUCCGAUGCGGGGGAUGCAAGCGAGUCCAGUCUGAAUGGAGCAAGCAGUCACGGUGAAGAUACUCGUGACAGCCCUGGAAGAGGAGGUGGUAUUCGAAGUUCAUGGCAUGGCGGCGCUCCGAGUUCUCGACGAAGAGCACCUAGGCUAGGUGAUCUGGUGGAGUCAACGGAGUCGCAGGCUCAGAAUGCAAGUCCAUCAGCCUCUAGAACCCAUAUGGUCGACAUUGGUUUAGGAGACACCCUACGGACCGAGUACGAUGAUGAGCCACCUGAGGAUUUGAUGGAAGACCCUCCAUCUGUUCAACAACUGCGAAAACCGGCGCUGGCGGACUACGAUUCGGAAGGAUCGGAUCAAGACUAUGCGACGAGUUCACAAUUACUGGCUGGGCAAGGUCAUGUCGAGAGUAAUCGUCCUGACGACAUACAACAGCCAAAUCAGCUGCCGAGACAUGACUCUUUCUGGGGACAAGUCUACUUACUCAACCUGGCAGCCAUGUUUACUACCUGGUUCCUUGUCUUUCUUCACACCAGCUCACCCAGUUCGAGUCAACCAUUGGGUGACACAAUCUACACAACACUCCAUGGAUCUUUCUACCUUCUAGCGAGUUAUACCGUUGUAGCGACGUUCGUCUCACUGUUUUGGCUUGCGGCACUCAGAUCAUACGUCCGAUACUUGGUUUACGGCAUCUUGGUCACCGUUCCAGUCAUACUCUACUCAUUCUCGCUUUAUCCGUUCAUAUCCAGCUUUCAAGGGUCCUGGCACGGCUCCAGCAUUCAGGAUACCGUGAUGCGAUGGAGCUCACUUGUACCUGCAAUCAUGGCUACACUGUGGAUCCUGUCUGUGAUAAGGGGCAGACUGGUCAUGCAAAAGGCCAUUUCAAUAUUGGAGUUUGCAACAAGAAUCCUGGCUGCCAAUCCAACUCUGGUACUGGUUGGCUUUUCAAUACUGGGCUUCAUAAUCAGUUUCACCUGGUUAUGGUUGUCCAUGUUUACCAGAGUGUUCCUGGGUGGGCAUCCCUCAACUCGCUCGACCAUCAGCAAAUUCGUCAUUGACACAUCGACGUGGUGGCUCGGAGUCUAUUUCAUCGUGGUAUACCUUUGGACGAUCGCCAUCGCCUUUGGGAUGCAACGGACUAUCACAUCGGCAACUGUCUCACAAUGGUACUUCCAUCGUCUGGCUGUACCUGCACCCACACCGCAGGCCAUCGUGAAAGCAGCGCUGUAUCACUCGUCGACGACUCUUUUUGGCACGAUCUCGCUGUUUACAGGCCUUGGGCUUAUGGUCAGAUUACCUCUGCUGGUCCUGCCUCGGCGACUGACAGUGUUGAUUGGAUUGGCGAUGUAUGCAUUCAUACCGAGUCCAAUCGCCGUCCUGAUCAACCCAUUAACACUCACCUAUGCUGCCAUCCAUUCCCAGCCUCUUAGCGUCAGUGGGAGAGGUCUUGCACAAAUGCAUUUCCUCACGCCAAAUGACACUACCACAGCCUUGCACCCAAACACCUUCAAUCGAAGUCGCCGCAAUGAUGGAUGGUCUGCCGACUCCUCACCACUCAUGCCAUAUCGUCUGGCGAAGCUCAUCCUGCAUUCGACGCGAUUGAUCAUGUCUCUUGCCUUGGGUUUUGGUGGAUGGGUCACGACAGCCCGAACUUUAAGGGUCGAAGGUGCCGGCGUGCGAGGCAGUCUCUAUGCUUACAUCGUUGGCCUGAUGGCUGGCGCCAUUGGAUGGGGCAUUCUUGGAGCAAUGGAAGGUGUCCUUGCCUGUAUCGUCGAUGCGGUUGUUGUAUGUUGGGGCAGUGAAGUUGGCAGCACUGGAACAGGAGAGGUUCGGUAUUGCAGAGAAGCUGGCCAACUUUUCGGCCACGACGGGGCAGAGAGAGGACCACUUAGUCUUGCGUGAAAGGAGAAUAGGAAGGAUAUGUAGUUCAAUCACUACACCAGAUCUGUCUUGUUGACAGGUAUUGAUGUGUUCUACCGAAAAUGCAAGCCCCAUUGUUGUUGCGUGACCAUUGGGAAUUUCACGUGUCCAAGGGUCUUUUUCUGGGCGUCAAGUU